ACUGUACGAUACAUAGCUUUGCAGUUAUCCCGCGCAAACAUGAUCUUGGCAAACAAGUCGAGUCACGAUUUCAAUUUUUGAUUACAAAAUGAUAACACUUGCUGUUCGAUUUUGCAAUUAUUGGUUUUAGGGCUCCCAGUGCGUUUUGGUUGUUUUGGCUCACCUACAGUGCUGUCCCUCUGGCACUGGCGGCACCAAGAUGCCGAAGGUUGUGCCCAAGGUGGUGCGUCGCAGCACCAGCUCUGACUCUGGUGCGCCGGCGCGCAAACGGAGCCGCAGCAGCUACGAUGAGCCUAAGGAGACACUGCCCCAGGGUCCCGGCUUUCUUCGUAGCAUCACGCUCAAGAACUUCAUGUGCCACGAGCACCUCAACUUCAAACUGAAUGAAAGGAUAAAUUUCAUCAAAGGCCAGAAUGGCAGCGGGAAGAGCGCCGUGCUGACGGCAGUGAUGGUGGGACUGGGGGCUCGCGCAGCAACCACCGACCGCGGCAGCAACAUCAAAGGUCUGAUCCGCACUGGUCAGAAGUCAGCUGUGAUAUCUCUGACUCUGGACAACAGCGGCUACGACGCCUUCAGUCCGGAGAAGUACGGCGGCCACAUCACGAUCGAGAGAAGUCUGAAAGACAGCGGCGGCAGCACUUACCGCAUCUCCAGCGAAAAGGCUCCGUCACAGUAUGCUUACCGAUCUAGACACUCAACGGAGGACGCGCUGAUCGACGCGGUGGAGUGGAUGACGCGGCAUGUCGACGAUGGCGAUGUUGUCGCCGUCACGUCCAUCGACUUGAGCCGGGCGUUUGACAGUGUUGACCAUGACGUUCUGCUUAGAAAGCUGUGCUG